GGUACCCCGGACUCGGAGUGCGGAGGGAGCCCCUGCGCUCGAUCAGAUUGCGAUUGCUCGUCCGGAGGCUGCUUCGGUCUCGGACAGGUUCAUGACGGUGAUUGACUGCGCUGGCUGAUCUGUAUAAAUAUUGCGAGUCUGUCUGUCUGCUCGAUAUCAAUCAUCAAUCACCAACCUCCUCUCUCUCUCGCACCUACACCAUGGAAACCGCGCAAACAUUCGCCGAGUCGGCAAACGGUCUCAUCAAGCUCGAUCCCACCCGCGUGAUCGGCACCAUCGACGACAAGGUCUACUCCGGCUUUCUCGAGCACAUGGGCCGCUGCAUCUACGGCGGCAUCGUCGACUUUGACUGCACCGUGCCCGGUCUGACGAACGAGAAGGGAUACCGGCUCGACGUGGGCAAGGCGCUCAAGGAUCUCGAUAUGCCGGUCGUGCGCUACCCCGGCGGCAACUUUGUGAGCUCGUAUCACUGGCUGGAUGCGGUCGGACCGAAGGAGAACCGGCCCCGACGUCCUGAGCUGGCGUGGCUCGGUGAGGAGUCCAACCAGUUUGGCACGGAUGAGUUCAUGGAGUGGUGCGAGUACAUGGGCACGGAGCCCUACCUCUGUCUCAACAUGGGCACCGGCACGCUGGACGAGGCGCUCGCGUGGGUCGAGUACUGCAACUCGGACAAAAACACAUACUACGCCAACCUGCGCCGCAAGAACGGCCACGAGAAGCCGUACAAUGUCAAGUACUGGAGUCUGGGCAACGAGGUCUGGGGACCGUGGCAGGUCGGCCAGAUGACGGCGGAGGACUACAGCAAGAAGGCGUUCCAGUGGGCGAAGGCGCUCAAGCUGCUUGAUCCCGACAUCAAGCUUGCGCUCAUCACGCAGAUUGAUUACUACUCGAUCCAUCUGUACACUUCGCACGAGGAAUACUACAAGAACGUGACCUGCGUGGCUGCGGCCGAGCGCGCGAUCCAGAUCACCUCGCGCUUGUUGGAUCUGGCGACAAUCACGCAGAAGGCAUACGACAAGCACGUCAAGAUCUGCUUCGACGAGUGGAACGUCUGGGAUCCGAUGCGCGCGCCCGGCCAUCUCGGCGCGGAGGAGAAGUACACUCUCUCGGACGCGAUCGCGGUUGCUUCGUGGGGUAACUUGUUUGUCCGCCAGGCUCCGACGGUGGGGAUGGCGAACAUUGCGCAGUGUGUGAAUGUGAUUGCGCCGGUGAUGACUACGCCGACGGAUAUGCUGCUGCAGACGAUUUACUACCCGUUCCUGCUGUUUACAAAGUACAUGCGCGGCCAGAGCCUGAACUUGCAUGUCGAGGGCCCGACGUACAAGGGCGAGACCGGCGCGUUCUUUGGCGACUACAUGAAGUGGAUCAAGACGACCGAGCCGGCGAUCAUGCUGCUCGACGUGUCUGCUGCGAAGAAGGACGGGAUCGUGAGUAUUGCGGUCGUCAAUCGCUCGCUGGAGGAGGACGUGGUGACUGCGUUUGAGCUGGAGGGAGAGUACAAGGAGGACGUGGUCACGUACAGCGUGUACAACGACGACAUUGCUGCGGUGAACACGUAUGAGAAGAAGGAUGUUGUUGGGAUCGAGGAGAAGACGGUUAAGUUGAGCGAGUUGAAGUCGUUCACGGUGAAGAAGCACUCGUUUGUCAUGCUGCGCAUCACGCAGGCAUAA